GUCCAACACAAAUCUAUCCUUUCGCACCGUUUUUGAUCUCCCGCCUCUCAAUCCGUCAGUUAUUUCAUCACUUUUCCAUUUUUCUGCCACAUCAACCUCAAGGCAAAUCACAGAAGCUCCUUUGGAGCUGGAAGCCCUUUCCCGAGACAGAAUGGGCUCUCAUUCGGUAUUCCCCUUUUUGCGCCUUCCGGCUGAGCUCAGGCUUGAAAUCUACAAGCACGCCUGGACUGUUUCGGAGGAAGACCAUGUGUACCGAGUCGACUUCCGCUACAAGGACAGCAAGUUCAGGCCUACAGUUGACUACCUGAAAGCUCAACUUUCAGCAAUUCGCAAGCUUGGUGCUAUCAGCCAGCGCAUCCGAACGGAGUCUUAUUCGGAGUAUUUCGACCACACGCAAAUCAUGCUCCGCUACGAACGCGUCAUAGACAUCGACGACUCCAUUGGUGACCACGUCUGGGAUGACCGCAACAGAAGCGCGCUGUACAUCAUCGGCAGUUCAUACCUGCUUCAGACCCAGGCGCGGCACGUUUACCUACAUUGGCCCGCUCGUUCAGAAUACCAUAUACUCCAGGUACUUUUUGGCUUGAGGCGUGUGGACAUCCGGAUGCAAGAAGAGCUGCUCAACGAGCAGUGGGCAUUUGAGUGUCUCUCUCGCUUCAAGAACCUGAGAAGUCUGGAAGUUCAUAUGUGUGAAGGCUUGGACGAUCUCAUAUUAGAUUAUUACUCGAGGGAAUACAAGCAUGAGAAUUUGCAUAAGCAUCGGCAUCCCCAUUUCGUCCACGGUUACAAUGGCGGAAAGAAACUCAAGCGCUUGUUUUAUGACGGCGAGCGCCGCGCAAAGCUGAUCGAGGCGUUGAAGACGCACCAUCAAAAGUUGGAGAAGGCGGUUGUGCGGACGGAUGUUGACGAUCCCGAAGCUAUCAAGGAUUUGAAUGAGCUUCAUGCAUUCAAGUGGUGGCGCCGACUCAAGAAGGACAUCGCAGUUUUGGCCUCCGAAGGCCCUUCCAGCGCGAAAGGGAAAAAAGAAAACACGUACGUGUUCAAGCAACACAUCGGCGGCCUCAAGACUCGGUGGCCGAGGGCAUCCACGUCAUGAUUUUCGAGCGCGCAAGCGACUGUACGCAGACCAUGCCAGAUGGUGAGAGGUAGAAGAUCCGUCUGGUAUUCGUGACGGCUUGGCGUAGGAAGAUUCAAAACGGUGUUGAGUCCAUGUAUUGUGAAAAGCAUGAUCCAUCGGAUGGGGAAGACUUUAACUCGUCAGAACACCCAUGACGUGGAGCUACGGACCAUAGGACAAGAUAUAAGGCAAAGAAGACCAAGAGACAAAGGAGCCGAGGGAAGGAGUGGUAGAAGUAAUGGAAGGGAACAGUAAACAAGAGGUGGAGAGAUACAACGAUUUGAUGGAUAUGGUUGAUAUGGAGAGAAAAAGUAGAAAAUGCCCGGACUUUGAUACACAAUCCCUGGAAGCACACCAGACUUCCAACCAGUUAACUAUCUUCAUGGCGUAUCCUGAUGAAUAGCUUCCUUCGUUUCCCUUUAUAAUAAACCUUUUCUGUUCCUGAC